AUGGGAGGAAAUGGAGGGAUUUUAUUAGAAUUAGACCAAACAACAAUUUCAAGCGUAAUAGAGCCAACAAUGAUUACAAUAUUAGAUCAACAACAAGAACUUUCGACAAUUGAAAUGGAACAAAGUUGUGAUAUUACUGAAGAGGAAUUACCUCUUAUAGAAGAUGUAAAAAGAAGAGAAGAAAGAUCCCCUAUUGUUGGGGGAGGGGGUGAUACUGGUGUUUGUAGCGAUUAUGAUGAAGAUGAAGAAAAUUAUUUAAAUAAAAGGAAACCAAUCUUACAAAAUAAUUCUUCUAGUGAAUUAUUAAAUAAUAAAGAAGGUGAAGAUGAAGAGGAGGGGGAAGAAGAAGAAAUACUCUUAUAA